AAAAGCCUUUCUGCUUCAUGAAUUAAAUUAAACCAAACUCCAUCUCUUCUUCUAGACUGUACAUUUCUUAAUAUUCCAUCCAUCACUCAAAAGGCAAAAAGAAAAAAGAAAAAAAAUCUAUCCUUUCUCUAUCUUUUUUGCCUUUCUUCUUCUUGAAAACCAGUGCAUGCUUUUGUUUUGAGCGAGCUUUGCUUUUUGAUGUCUAUGCCCUUAGAGCAUGAUUACAUAGGCAUAUCAUCUGAGGUUUCUUCAAUGGAAAACAACUCUGGUACUGAUACAAUAAACAUCUCUACCACUGCUUCUAAAGGUCUUAACUUGAAAGCUACUGAGUUAAGACUCGGGUUACCCGGGUCCGACUCACCAGAGAGAGGUAAUGAGAAUCAACAACUUGGUUUUUCCUUAAACAACAACAACAAUAGCAAAGACAAGAGCUUUGUGUCUGGGGCUAGGAGGGGUUUCUCUGUUGCCAUUCAUGGUGGCUCUGCUAACUGGGUUUUCUCUGGGAAUGCCGGAUCUGACCCGAAUUUUUCUCUUCGAGGUGCUAAUUCUGGAAAAGAAGGGUUCCCUCACUCAUCGAAGCCUGUUGUGCAGGAGAACAAGAGUCAGGUUGAUGGUGCUAACACUAAUGGCCAUGGGGCUGCUCCUGCUUCUAAGGCACAAGUUGUGGGAUGGCCACCAAUUCGCUCAUUUCGAAAGAAUACAAUGGCUUCUCAUCUUUCAAAGAAUGAUGAUGGUGCAGAAGUCAAGUCAGGAUCAGGGUGUUUGUAUGUCAAGGUCAGUAUGGAUGGCGCCCCUUAUCUGAGGAAAGUUGAUCUGAAAACAUUUGGCAGCUACAUGGAACUCUCUUCGGCACUAGAAAAGAUGUUUAGCUGCUUUACAAUAGGCCAGUGUGGCUCUCAUGUAGUUCCUGGCCAAGAUGGGUUGAGUGAGAGUCGAUUAAUGGAUCUCCUGCAUGGUUCAGAAUAUGUUCUCACCUACGAAGACAAAGACAAUGAUUGGAUGCUUGUUGGUGACGUGCCUUGGAAGAUGUUCACCGACUCUUGUAGAAGGCUGAGGAUUAUGAAGGGUUCAGAGGCAAUUGGCCUUGCCCCAAGAGCCAUGGAGAAGUGCAAAAGUCGUAACUAGUAUGAUGUGUUCUCUAGAUGGAUCAAAUCCUCUGUGCAAAAGAUAAUGCAGGUUGCUAUAUUCCAUCGUUGAAAGCCUUUAACGGGUCUCAGAUACCGGUCCCCUGUUUCUUAUUUGCGUAUGAAUAUCGUACCAAGACUUGUAUAAUAAAUCUCUUGUAGGCUAGACACUAUCAGGUUUUAUAGGAUUGUCCGCUCACUUGUAUUCUGAAUUCUGGAUGAUCUAGCUACGAUAUUCUGUAUAAAAUGGUCUGACUGUUACAAAA